AUGGAAGAAGAUAUAAAACCGAUGACCAUCAUAGCAAAGGGCACCGUAUCAACAGCAACCUUCGCAGCACAAGCUGUUGAACUUCUUAAUGGAGAUUUUUUCCCUUGCUUACGAAUAUUUGUCGUUCAAUUGUUUCAUUAUGAAAACCUUCCUGUUUUUUCUUCUUUGCCUUAUUUGAUGAUUCUUAUGGCAAUUAGAUACAAGGUUGUGAAAUGA